AUGAAACAAAACGUCGGGCUGCUCACACAGACGAACUCUCGAGUUUUAAUUUUACAUGGCGCUUUACGAAUCAUGCCACUAAGUGCUGUUGGUGAUUUACCCACUGAUGAUACAUUAUUGAGAACCAUUCAACGUCAAAAAAAACCAGUUCCAUUAGGUUCUAACAGUCGUUUACCUGAUGCGUUGAAAAAAACAGAUCGCGGAGAAUUUGUUCUUUAUGAAAGUAAUGAUAUGAUUAUAUUUAUGUGUGAGUCAAAUUUGCAAGCGUUGAUAAAUUGUAAGUACUGGUUUGCUGAUAGAAUAUUUAGUGUAAGACAGGAUGAUGUUUUAUGUGAAGUUUAUUCAGUAUAA